AAUGCAUACUGAGAUGCAUUUCAGUUAUACAUUUAAACUUCUUGUAUCUAUUUUUUGUAUAAUACCUUUGCAAAAAUGUUUGUAGUAAGAUAGUUAUAAUACUUUUAUAACCAUAUAGUAUGGAUAAAUGUGGCAAUUACUUAGUACAUUGCAUUUGUGUUAGCUUUACUUUUACAUUAAGAAAACAAAAUUGUUAAACCACAGUUUUUAGGUGUCACGGUGCAAUGAACAUUGCGCAAUCUUUUUCUGCUGACUCAUUGUGAAACAGCUUCUUAACUAUGAACCCUGACCCCACAUAUGAUACUGAGGACAACCAGAAACAAUGGGAGACCAUUAAUGACCAUGUCCAGCAAAUGCUCUUCCUCACCGACGGUAUAACAGGGGGGUCACCCCUCUCGACCUCACCCGCAAUCCCCAGCCCCCUAACCUCACCCCCCCAAGUAAAUUCACGGGUCCACCACACCUCCCAUAACCCUAUGUACCGGCGCAGUGAAGGAGACAUACAAGGGCGACCUACAGAGCAGUUAAACCUAGCCCCUACACCACAAACUGCCCCGGUACUUGGGUUCCAGCCCCAUUGGGGUGUCCCUGAAUCGCCAGUCACCACUGCUCCCACAAUCCAUUCCUCAUACAGUUAUCCAGUUUUCCAUAAUCCUAAUCCAACCUUCCAAGCUGCCCAAGAAAAUAUCGCAACCAAUGGCACUAGCUCACCUGGUGUGGUGGCACCAGAUCAAAAAGACUUUUUUACGAAACCAAAAACCGGUUCUCCAUACAACAGUCGCAAAUAUAAUGCAAAACCAACAAUGACGAAAAUGAACCUUAAAAGAACAAGUUACCCUACAAUUACGGUUCCGAAAACCUUAGAAAACAGUCAGGCAUAUCAUGUAGACUACCCUCGAAACACUGGUGACAGUUCCCCACAAGUAAUAAGGCAACAAUCUUCUCCAAGUAUAAUCAGUCCAACCGGUGUCCCAUUUCUGCCCCACAGCACCUCACAACCAGUUAUGAACAUCAACCAAUUCACCCCAAUCGGGAACACAGGCUUUAAUAGCCCUGAGCGUAAUUCACCUGUAAUGUACCAUAUGUCACCAAACCUGCGUAGAAAAUCAGCGCCUGCGACGGACACUCGUCCAUUUCUAAAAACCAAUACAAGAAGAACUGUAUCUCAAAUCCCACAACACAUAGCCCCACCUAAUGGGCUUCCAGGUUCUAGUUAUCUAAAAGAUUCCUUUCUACCGACCUUGAGUGAUCCAUUGGAAAAAGUUGAUGAGGUACCAACUGUUGAUACCGGGUAUAAUGAUGAUGAUUAUACUAAUGCUUUAUUGCAACAUCAAACUGAGAGGAUGAAUCGUUUACGAGCUGAGUAUAAUGCAAAGAAAUGUGAGUUGGAAAAUCUUGGUGGGGAUGUAAGCCACCUUGAGGAAAAAGUGCAACAACGUAAUCUGCGUCAUAAAAGUCCUUCUUCAUUGCAAGUGGAAAUAGGAAGGCUAAGGGAAAUCAAUCGGCAACUUGAAAUUGAUUGCAACUGCAUGUACAAGGAAGUGGAUUUAUUUUCAAAAGAUGGUGAUAAUACAAGAGAAGACUUUUAUUCAAGAUACAACAGACCUGCUUCUGUAAAGCCGCAACAAACAAAGCAAAGAAAAGCUUCCCUGCGUCAGUUUACUUCAGUUCAAGACCUUCCCCCUCCACCCCCACCCCCUCCAGAUGAUGAACCUAAAUGGAGAUGCAGCCAUUGCACCUUUGAUAAUCACGCAGCCCUUAAUAAAUGCGAGAUGUGCGAGUUCCCACGCGAGGUUCAAAGCAGCAGAGCCAGAAUUACCUAACCUACACAAACUAACCUGUUUCCUUUCAAGUAUUUUCCUUUCCAGUGCUUUUGCAUUCCAAAAGUUAUUUCAUAGUGAGUUGGUAUUGCCAAAAUUGGCCAGUAGCUCGUUCGUAUGAGCUAUAGUUGACUGUGCAAUAACUACGCUACCAUCAAAAACUUGCACUCGCCGAUAGUAUAAGGUACUUCCAGGGCCCGUAGGUGCUAAUGGGCCACUGUCUAUUUCUCAUAAAGAUAUUUUAAUAUCCAUUUAGUGCUUAAACCUUACAGUGAGCAGUAUAUUGUCACCACAUUGGACGCUUUACAUUUGAACACUGUUACAGCGUUAGAAGCCAAAGUUUGGACAGCAUUUCUCUCUUUUCUUUCUUCUCCAAAAUCAGCUAAAAGUGUUACUUUUCUUAUAUUCUGGCUUGCCAAGUUAUAUUACCGGAGACAAUUGACAAGCAAUGUCUUUUACAAUCUUUCCUGUACAUUGGACAUUACUUUCCCCAAAGGCUAAUGCUGUUAUGUGUACACUCCAGCUGCAUCAAACACUAUACGAAGCCUCUUAAACAAGCAUUGAAAGUUUCAACUCUGCACUCUUGAAAGCAAAACCGUUACGUUCCAACCCCGUUCAGAAAUCAGUAUGCACUUAACUUUUAAAUGUACAUUUCCAUGUUUUACAAGAGUCUCUUCCGUUCGGCUGCUGCCCCUCCAAGUGUAUGAACAAGGCCGUUUUUUUUUUCAUUCUACGAUUGCCUUAAUACUGUUGUUUCGCCAAUAAUGUUUAAAUUACCGAGCGUGCCAUGAGCAGCUUAUGAAAA